GGCACGUUGAUGCUUUUUGUUGCAGGUGGGAAGGCAGCAGUAGCUCACUAUGGCCCUGGCAGACAACGCGGGCUGUGCCAAAUCCAGUGAGGACUUCCCCUUCCCUGAGAUCAUUGAACUCAAUGUGGGUGGACAAGUCUACAUCACCCGCCACCCCACCCUGGUCAGCGUGCCUGGCUCGCUCCUCUGGGAGAUGUUCACCCAGAAGAACGUCCGCUCCUUGGCCCGUGACAGCAAGGGACGGUUUUUCGUGGAUCGGGACGGCUUCCUCUUCCGCUAUAUCUUGGAUUACAUGAGGGACCAGCAGCUGGUGCUGCCCGACCACUUCCCAGAGAGGAGCCGCCUGCAGCGAGAGGCAGAGUACUUCAUGUUGCCAGAGCUUGUGAAGAUGCUGGCCCCCAAGCUCAGCAAGCAGAACUCGCUGGGAGAUGACCCAUGCCAAAGCGACCCAGAGGAGCUCUCCCCCAAUGCAGAUGCCACCCGCAACCUGACCUCUGCCAGUGCCACGCUCCCCAGCGCCGUGGGUGGUGGCCCUGGGGGUGCCAUCACCACCAGCACCGGUGCUGCCAGCACUGACGUCCGCAGGGCAGGUUUCAUCACCAUUGGCUACCGGGGCUCCUACACCCUGGGCAGGGACAGCCAGACGGAUGCCAAGUUCCGCAGGGUGGCACGGAUCAUGGUCUGCGGCAAGACAUCGCUGGCCAAGGAGGUCUUUGGUGAUACCUUGAAUGAGAGCAGGGACCCGGACAGGCCCCCGGAGAGGUACACCUCCAGGUACUACCUCAAAUUCACCUUCCUGGAGCAAGCCUUUGAUAAACUGGCCGAUGCUGGCUUCCACAUGGUGGCUUGCAACUCCACAGGCACCUGUGCCUUCGCCCAUGACCAGACAGAUGACAGGAUCUGGACCUCUUACACCGAAUAUGUUUUCUAUCGUAGCUCCUGGCUUGGCCUGCCGGUUCCCCAGCCUUCAGAAAUGGAGCACAGCCCAAAAAAACACAUGUCUUCUUCUGAGCCCAUCCUGGAUCUCAAGACAGACAUGGCAGAAGCACUUCCAGGGUGACAGUGUGUCCCUUGGAAAAUAAUGCACUCAAAGCAAGACGCCACCUCUUUACAACAGGCUCUGAUAAAUUGGGAACUCCAGGGAACAAGAAACUCUGCCAGAAGCAGGAGGACCUGUGACCAGAGAUGGGAAAGGCACAAGAGAAAUAGUCUUGCAGGAUGGAGUUCAGGGUGGGAAGGACCCACCAUGGAGGGUGGGCUCAUAGUCUGCACCUCUACUUCUAAGUAAAAUCAUCCAAGGUCUGCCCCGAGCUCUGGGGUCCUUGAUCGUGACAGCACUAAUAUCUUCUCUCCUGGCUUCCCUCCAGACAGGGCAUCCUCAGCCACACUGACUUUUGGGAACAUACCCUGUUGGGAUAUGGGCUAUCCUUUGGGCAUGUAUCCUGUUGGGAUAUCCUUUCAGGAACCAGUCCCCAGAAAGGCAGCACAGCUCUGCCCUGCCCUAGAGUGAACAAAACCAGCUCAGCCUCAAGGGGCAGUCAGGAAGGGAUGGCCAUCAGCAGCAACAUUCAUUGCUAUGUUUCAAGGUGUGUUAAGUGAUUUCCACAGACAAAAGCAGAACCAGAAAUGGUUUGGAGAACAAAAUAACAUCUUCCUAGAGCAAUCUGAAUUUCCCCUGCUGUUGUGAAGCAAACAAUGUUUGAGUUGCAGCAUCGAUUCUCCACUUGCUUCAUCUGUCAAAGGAGGGAUCUUUUCUGAGCUGGAGGCAACAACAUAAGGAAAAAAACCCUGGGGAGAGUUGACAAAAUGUUUUGGAGUAGUAGGAGUAAGGGCUGAGCUGAAAGUCCUCCCUAAGCCCUGCCAGGUCCAUCUGGAGUUGGGAGCCUGGUGAAGGUGGCCAGAAGCUGGGUUGUGUACCUACCCCAGGACCAGGAGGCGGGAACACAGCUGACUCCCCAGCUGGCUUUGCUGGUCCUCAGGGGUGGCGACAUCUCUGGCUGCUGGGAACUUUACCCAAAAAGAAAGGGAGGGGAGAGAGACCUCAGUAACUGCAAACUGAGGUCAUACCUGGCAAAGCAACUUUAGUCCAAAACAUGAGUGGAACCUUUUCAAAAGGGUCAGGACAUCUUUUGUUGACAUUUCUUUAAGGGUUUUCAUUUGAUCUUCUCUUAUGAUACUUCAGGAUUUCCUGGCUGUAGGGCAACAUUUUCUUUAAAAUAAUAUCUGCUCUUUUUUUCAUUGUAAAGGGCCCCAUAAAGUGCAGAAUUCCAGUAACCUCAACACGGUGCUUUGCUGCAGGCCAUGUGAAGGGCUCUGGGAUGAUGUAGUGGUUUCCUUCUGCUGUUUCCAAACAACCCCAGCCCCUAAAUUCUGCUUGAUCAGCCCAAACCUUCUCUCUUCUUGUGCCUUGGAUGAGGAGUCAUACUACUGCAGACUGAGGCUUCCCAGGGCAGUGGUGUGAGAAGCUGGACCACUUUCUCUCUGAAGUGAUGCACUGCCUCCCAUCACGGUGCAGCCAGGGCCUUUCCAGGCAGCUUUCUCUUCCCCUGGUUUGCCAAGCCUGGGAAUUUAAUUAUGAACCCACUGCUGCCUCCGAGCACAACUGGAGGCUUGCUCGAUCCAAGCAGCUUGUCAUCAUUUGCAUGGCCCAUAGGGCUGAACAAAACCAGGCAGCUCCUCCCCUUUGGGAUCCAUGCAGCUGGUCUCCUCUGCCAGAGUAUUGCCUGCUCAAAGUGUGUAGCCGGAGGAAAAAAAGGGGAGGGAAGGAAACGGGGGAUGUGAACUGUAGGACCCUGGAGAGGCAGCAUCAUCCCAGUGUCCCUGCUGAAAGCAGGGUCAGGAGAAGCCACAAACCAUCUUGGUGUUUGCAAUAAGGGGAGUGCGAGAAGGGGAAACACCACGGAUAAUGUUGCCUCCCUGAUACAUCAUCUGUCCGGGACAGAGUGUGUAAGUGCAAGCAGCAAAUGUGAAACCCCGCCAAAGGGACAUAUCCGCUUCCCAUGGUCCUACUUCGGGCUCUGGGUUGCUCCCCAUGGGCAGAUCUCCCUUUCUGCUCAUUUUCUGUUUAACUGAAAACAGAUCACCAAAUUUGACCCCAAUCUUCCUUCCCAGAAGUGCAGGAGUUUGUGCCUGGAAGCACUUUGCCCUCCUUGCUCCCUUCUACAGCCCCAUUCUGCCUUUCAGUCUGCCAUGAGCGCUCACUGCCAGGGUUCCCGGUGUCCUCGUUAGCACCCCAGUGCGUGCAGAUGCACCUUCCCUGUGCACUGAGACCUUGAGAAACGCCGUGUUAAUGAUGCUGCUCCUGCUCUGCCCCGCAGACUCAGCCGCUGUGCUCAGGCUCUCUGGGGAUCUCCCGCCUGCGGGUGCCCUCGGUGAGGUUAAUUGCAGCAAGAGCCCCGGCAGCUUUCCAAGGAGGCCAUUCCAGCAGGGUGCCAGCACAGUGGAAAUCAAAACCUUCCCCUGUCUUGGUUGCUCUCCAAGGAGCUCGGUUAUGCACAGAACAGCUGCCCUGCUGUUCCUGCAGCACGGAUGGAUGAGGUAUCAUGCAGCAGACGCUGCUGC